UUGAACGUUGAACCUGAAUUUAUACAGAUCAUCAAGAAAUUGACAAUUAAUUCAAUGGGGAGCUAUGAAAGUGAGCUCAAUCUUAAGGCCACAGAGUUGAGGUUGGGAUUGCCAGGGAGUGAUGAGCCUGAGAAACGUUCAUGCAGUGUUAGAAGCAACAAGAGAUCUUCACGAGAAUCCAGUGUGGAAGAGUCCAGGUGCAAAAGCAACGUUAACUCUGAUGAUUCCACAACCACAAGUGAUCAUGACCAAGAAAGUGUCCAACCUGCAAAGGUACAAGUAGUGGGGUGGCCACCGAUUAGAUCUUAUAGGAAAAAUAGUCUGCAGCAGAAGAAGGUGGAGGGUGAUGGAAGUGGAAUCUACGUGAAAGUGAGCAUGGCUGGUGCACCUUACUUGAGGAAGAUAGAUCUCAAGGUUUACAAGAGCUACCCAGAACUCCUCAUGGCAUUGCAAACUUUGUUCAAGUGCACAUUUGGUGAAUAUUCAGAAAGGGAAGGCUACAAUGGAUCUGAAUACGCUCCUACUUAUGAAGACAAAGAUGGUGACUGGAUGCUGGUUGGGGAUGUUCCAUGGAACAUGUUUGUAUCCUCCUGCAAGAGGCUGAGAAUAAUCAAAGGAUCAGAAGCAAAGGGAUUGGGCUGUUUAUGACCGACAAGAUUCACAAAAGCAAAAGGAGAACUGCAUAUCCAAAGGCAUGAAAUUAGAAAAAGAAAAACACUCUUUGUGUUGUGCAAGCAAUUAUCAGAACUCAUAUAUAGUUUAUCAGAAAAUAGACGGAUAUUAAUAUAUAUACAAAUUAUUUUUUGUUGUAGUAAUUUCAACUGAGGCGGCUUUGAGGUCUGCUUCCUUAAUUAUAUGUAGUCUUCUGCAAAAUCCUACCGGAAUGGAACAAAUAUAUAUAAAGAGAAAGAAAAUAUAAGACUGUUUCAAUUGUACAGAUCAAGAAUAUAAUAAUAAUCUCAUUUUUUCUUA